AUGGAGUUUGCGACAACAGAUGAUAUGGAGGGCAUGCUGGCCAGGUAUGACUGCUGGGUGUUUGAUUGCGACGGGACCCUGUGGAAGGGGAACCAAGUGAUUUCUGGCGUCAGGGAGGCGCUGCAGAUGCUGCGAGACCAGGGCAAGCAGGUGCUCUUUGUCACCAACAACAGCAUGAAAAGCCGCAAGUCUUUCAAGAAGAAGUUUGACGAUUUGAACCUGCCGGUGGCGCUGGAGGAGAUCUACAGCAGCAGCUACAGCGCAGCCGCGUAUCUGCAAUCUGUAGGCUUCAGCAAGAAGGCAAGCAAAGGCUAG